UGCUUCAAUUCAUGGUUGGAUACUUAGAUUGGUUAAUCUAUCUUCGGAUGAACCCUUUGUAACGAGUAAUUGCUUCCUAAUUUUGGUCCAUUUUAUACUUAAAUGCAAUUUCUCCAAAAAUGAUAUCAAAUUAGUGUUGCGCAAGUUUGAGAAAUAUGGUGAGAUAUUAGAUCAGGUCCGAAUUCCUGGUGAUAACUGGAUGCAUAUUCUUUAUCAGAACCGAUCAGAUGCUCAAAAAGUCCUUACCAAGAGCUGGAUACAAAUCAAUAGAAAGCUUCUUGUGGGUGUGAAACCUGUGGAUCCAAUUCAAAGAAAAACGCUCAACAAACCAACCCAGCCAGUGACAGAUCGAAUACAAAAAGCCCUCCAAGAACGUCUAUGUCUACUUCACCGCUGUGAAUCUGAUUUCUUCUUAUUAGGUGCAACUGGUGAUGUGUAUAACGUCAGGUUAUCUACGACCUCGUUGUGCAGUUUCCCAGACCGUCUGAUUCCAUGCAAACACAUACUCUUUGUUUUUCUUGGUGUUCUCGAAGUCUCUGUCGACGAUCCUUGUGUUUGGAGGAAGAUUCUUAGGGAAUGUCAACUUAGACAUCUACUCAACACGCCCACAUCGUCUCAAACUCUUGCUGGUUCCCGUGUACGUGAGAGAUUUCUUCAUCUAUUCUCAACCAAGUCAGACUUGGGUCCUCCACUAAAGCCUGAGUUGGAAAAGUGUGCUAAAUGCAGAAGGGAGAUGUAUGCUGAAGAUAGUGCAUUGGAUUGUUACGUUUGUGAGGCAGUUGGACACGAAAAGUUUAUGAUAUAUAGGAAACCGAGCACUGGGGCUCCUUUUUGUGCACGCUGUGGGAGUAGGUGGUGUGAAGACUACGAGAAAGAAUAUUUGAACCUUGCAUCUUACAUGAGUGAGGACGGCAUGGAUUAAACUAUGCAAUGCAAUUCUCGUUAUCAGUUAAGAAUGCUCCUUCACAUAAUGAACUUUUUUUGGUUGUUUGCUAUGGUGUUUGUGUCUAUAUAAGAAACUAUGGAUCGAUCUGUAUAGAUCCCAAGUUCUGAAAAAACGGAAACCAUAAACACGGAAAUUAUCUAUGAUUUUUAUUUACU